AUGUCACAAUCAACUACUACAACUACAACAACAACAGCAGCACCAGCAGUACCAACAGGACCAAGAGAAGCAACUUUAGAUGCUGGUAACUUUUGUAAAAGAGUUAAAAUUUUAUAUGAUUCUUGGAAUUCAGAUAGUAACCUUUGGAAAUCAGCCAACUCAUUAGUAUUGGCAUUGGGCCAACCAAAUGAAAGUAAUCCAUACCAAAAGGUUACAUCAUUACAAACUUGGUUAUUUGGUUAUGAAUUAAAAGAUACAAUUAUUGUAUUCUUAGAAAAAGAAAUUUAUAUUGUAUCAACAUCAAAGAAAAUUAAUUUAUUUCAAAAAUUAUCAGAAACUGAACAAGUUAAAACAGAAUUAUCAUCAAUUAAAUUUAACUUUUUAACAAUUGAUAAAUCAGAUAAGAAUAAGAGUAAUUUUGAGAAAUUAAUUGGAGAGGCUACAAAAGCAGGUAGUAAUAUUGGUGUGAUUAUAAAGGAAACAUAUAUAGGAGAUUUAGCAUUACAAUGGGAAGCAGCACUUAAUGAAUGCCCUUUGACUAAAGUAGAUAUUACACCAGCAUUAUCAAGUUGUUUAUUGGUAAAGGAUCUUCAAGAACAAAAGAAUAUUAUUACAUCAGCAAAGAUUACAUCAAAGGUAUUAAAGAGUCAUAUUCUCCCAAAGAUUGAAACCAUUAUCGAUAAGGGUGAAAGACAAACUCAUAAUCAAUUGGCAGACUAUGCAGCGGAUAUUUUCGAAUCACCAGAAAAGAUCAGUAGUAAAUUAACGGUUGAACAUGUAGAUUACUCCUAUGUUCCAAUCAUUCAAAGUGGUGGUAUUUAUGAUCUUAGAGCAAGUGCAUCAAGUGAUGAUAAUCCACUUCAUUUUGGUACAAUCAUUGUGUCUUGUGGUGCUCGUUAUAAGAACUAUUGUUCAAAUAUUGCUCGUACCUAUAUCAUUGAUCCAACUAGCGAUCAAAAGAAAAACUAUGCCAUUCUAUUGAAUGUUCAAAGCAAUGUUAUCAAGGCCAUUAAACCCGAUGUAACAUUCUCUAGUCUCUAUGAAAAAGCCAUUCAAACCAUUAAAGAAUCAUCGAAACCAGAGUUGGUUGAUCAUUUCCCAAAGAAUGUUGGUUAUGGUAUUGGUAUUGAAUUUCAAGAGUCAUUGGCCGUUUUGAAUGCAACUAACUCUAGAACCCUUAAAGCUGGUAUGACACUCAAUAUUGCCUGUGGUUUCCAAAAGAUUUCAAAUCCAGAGGGUAAAGAUGAGAAAUCAAAAACCUAUUCACUCUUGAUCUCUGAUACAGUCCUAUUGAAUGAUGAAGGUAAAGUUGAGGUAUUAACAGAUGUUGGUAAGAAAGCUUCCGAUGUAGUUUAUAUGUUGGGUGGUGAAGAUGAUGAUGAUGACAACGAUAAUGAUCCAUCUGUUAAAUUGGAAUUACCAGAUGAUGUUAAAGGUAUUACAGGUAGAACUAUAGAAACUAAAGAGAAAUCCAAGUCUGUUGAAGAACGUCGUCGUGAUCAUCAAAAGAUGCUUGAACAAAAGAAUUUACAAGAGGCAGAGAAUAAAAUUAAAGCAAUGACUGAUCCAAAUGGUAAAAAAGGUACACCAGAAGUAGAUUACACAGCAAUCACUAAAUUACAACCAAUCUAUAGUAGUGUUGGAGCAUACCCACAAGAUAUUGUCAAGAAUAAAAUGUACAUUGACCCAAAGAAAGAGACAGUAUUAUUCCCAAUAUUUGGCUAUAUGGUCCCAUUUCACAUUAGCACAAUCAAAAAUAUCUCCAAAUCAGAGGAGUACAUUCGUGUAAAUUUCAAUACUCCAACAUCCUAUACACAAGAACAAAUCGAUGCAGGUUUCGUUCCACCACAAUUAAUGUAUAUUCGUGAGGUAACCUAUAAAGUUAACGAUCCAAAGGUUUUAGCAAACAAUAUUCGUUUGAUUAAAGAAUUGAAAAAGAAAUUUACAACUCGUGAAACUGAAGAUCGUGAAAAACGUAAUCUUAUCACUCAAGAGAAGUUAAUUCUUUUACGUGGUAAAUUCCCACGUUUACCAGAGGUACAUGCUCGUCCAACUUUAUCAGGUGCUCGUAGAACUAUUGGUAUCCUAGAGGCACAUGAAAAUGGUAUUCGUUUCAAUCCAACCUCAACAAAAGAUCGUACUCCAAUCGAUGUACUCUAUAAAAAUAUUAAACAUGCCAUCUAUCAACAAGCAGAUCAAGAAUCAAUGGCCGUAAUUCAUUUCCAUCUUCAUGAUGCUCUCAUGAUUGGUAAAAAGAAAACAAAGGACGUUCAGUUCUAUAUUGAAAUUUCAGAGAUGUCACAAUCACUCGAUGUUUCAUCGCGUUUCAAUGAUGAGGAGGAGGAAGAACGUCGUGAACGUGCAUUAAAAGAAAAGAUUAACAAUGAUUUCAAAACUUUCAUUAAACGUGUAGAAGAAAUCGCACCUGAACCAGGUCUUGAAUUUGAUGUACCCUAUCGUGAAUUGGGUUUCUAUGGUGUACCAAAUGUUUCCACCGUUUUCAUUCAACCAUCAGUACAUUGUCUACUCUCCAUUUUAGAGCCACCAUUUUUCGUUCUUACCCUUGAUGAUGUUGAAAUCGCAUGUUUUGAAAGAGCUAUUCGUUCACUCAAGAAUUUCGAUCUCAGUUUUGUCUUUAAGGAUUACAAUCGUCCACCAAUUCGUAUCAGUGUCAUCCCAAGAAACUAUUUCGAAACUGUCAAAGAAUGGCUCGAUUCAUUCAAUAUUAAAUUUUAUCAAUCUGAACGUAAUUACAAUUGGAAGAGAAUUAUGGAUACAAUCAAAAGUGAUGUAAAGAAAUUCCAUGACGAUGGUGGUUGGUCUUUCUUGGAUUUAGAAGAAGAAGAAGAGGAAGAAGAUAGUGGCGAUGAUGAUUAUCAUUCCAAUAGUGACGAAUCUGAAUCUAGUGAUUAUAUCUCUUCAAUGUCUUCAGGUUCUGAUGAUGAUGAUGAAGAUUCUUCCGAAGGUGAAAAUUGGGAAGAUUUAGAACAAAAAGCUGAAAGAGAUGAUAAAAUGAAAACUUUUGAUGAAACAAAUAAAAGAAAAAGAGAUGAAAAAUCUGUUAGUAGUAGCAAUAGACCAUCCUCUUCAAAAUCAGGUAGUAGUAGUAGUGGUGGUGGUGGUGGUGGUGGUGGUUCAAGUAGAUCAAAAUCUUCAUCUUCAUCUUCAAAAGGUUCAUCAUCCUCUUCCUCAAAAUCAUCUUCAUCAAAAAGAAAAUAG